UUUUAGAACCCAAAAUAAAUUCACGUAGAAGAAACCCAAAGCGCACAGAAAGGAGAGAAAAAACCCGAAGAGAACGCGAUGUUCUUCUUCUUCGUAGGAGGUCUAGAGCAGCAGGUUAGGCAGGUGCUUAAGUCUGGUGCGGGCAGGUGCAUCAGAUGCGGCUCCCGUGCUGAUCUCGUGGAAUACGAGAAGGUAUUGAAGCUCUUCUUUGUGCCUGUGUGGAGAUGGCCAGGCAAAGAGCCUCUACUGCACUGCGACAACUGCAAACUCUUCUUCCCUGAGUCCUACUCUCUUCCUCCGUCGCGGACCGAUGACGUCUCACCAGCUAUUGUUCGGGAUUUGAGGUGUCGUUACUGUAAACAGCUUGUGGAGCCUGAAUUUAGCUAUUGCCCCUUUUGUGGUGAAGCUCUGUAAUUCCAGCGUUUGUACAUGAGAUGGAGUUACAAAACGUUCUUCUGUGCUUUUCCCUUUUUGUGCCUUCUACCUGUUUGAACAAAUGCGCCAAUGAAUAAUGAAGUAAUGAUUCGUACAUGUUAUUCGGUUUUAGUGGUGGUGUAUUUGUGUUGUUUUGAUUAGUGUGCUCUCUUUAUUAUGCUCCAGUCAUCCAAAAAUCAGCUUCAAUGAAUGAAAUUGCUACCUACAGUGGUUAGGAGAUCUCAUUUUUUGAUUCA